CUGCGCCGAAGUUCGAGUCCUCGGACACGAUCGACAAUGUCAAAGCAAAGAUCCAGGAUAAUCAACAUGGGAAGGAAGCAUGGAGGUGCGGCGCUGUGCCCACCCUCGUGAAACUCGUGCCCAAGAUUGAGUCUUACGACGCGAUCGACAAUGUCGCGACCAUGAACCAGGAAGAGGCGCGCAUCAUGGGAUGUGCCUAG